UGCCACCAUGGUGGAGUUGGGAAAAGACAAACGGAACCCAGACGAACUGGCAGAGGCCCUGGAUGAACGGCUUGGUGACUUUGCAUUCCCGGAUGAAUUCGUCUUUGAUGUCUGGGGAGCCAUCGGGGAUGCCAAGCCCUCUUGGCCACUGAUAUGAGCCCCUGCGGGCUUAACCUGAGCCUAGUGGAUGAGGCGACAACGUGUGCAACACCCAGAGUCCCCAACACAUCUGUGGUGCUGCCAGCAGGCGAUUCUGGCACAUCACCAGCACUGCCUAUCUUCUCCAUGACACUGGGUGCCGUGUCCAACGUGCUGGCACUGGCGCUGCUGGCCCAGGUUGCAGGUCGUUUGCGGCGCCGCCGCUCUGCUGCCACCUUCCUUUUGUUCGUUGCCAGCCUGCUGGCCAUCGACCUGGCAGGCCAUGUGAUCCCGGGUGCCCUGGUGCUUCGCCUGUAUGCUGCAGGACGUGCGCCUGCUGGCGGGGCCUGUCAUUUCCUGGGCGGCUGCAUGGUCUUCUUUGGCCUGUGCCCACUUUUGCUUGGCUGUGGUAUGGCUGUGGAGCGCUGCGUGGGCGUCACGCAGCCGCUACUCCACGCGGCGCGUGUGUCGGUUGCCCGUGCACGCCUGGCGUUAGCCAUGCUGGCCGCCAUGGCUUUGGCAGUGGCGCUGCUGCCGCUAGCACACGUGGGUCGCUACGAGCUACAGUACCCUGGCACCUGGUGUUUCAUUAGCCUUGGGCCUCGUGGAGGUUGGCGCCAGGCGCUGCUUGCCGGCCUCUUCGCUGGUCUUGGCCUGGCCGCACUCCUUGCCGCACUUGUGUGCAAUACGCUCAGCGGCCUGGCGCUCCUGCGUGCCCGCUGGAGGCGUAGCCGUUCUCGACGGUUCCGAGAGACCACCGGUCCGGAUGAUCGCCGGCGCUGGGGCUCACGUGGACCCCGCUUGGCCUCCGCCUCGUCUGCCUCAUCCAUUGCUUCAGCCUCCGCCACCCUCCGCAGCUCUCGGGGCGGCGGCUCGGCGAGGAGAGUUCACGCGCACGACGUGGAAAUGGUGGGCCAGCUCGUGGGCAUCAUGGUGGUGUCGUGCAUCUGCUGGAGCCCCCUGCUGGUGUUGGUGGUGUUGGCCAUCGGGGGCUGGAACUCUAGCUCCCUGCAGCGGCCGCUCUUUCUGGCUGUGCGCCUCGCGUCGUGGAACCAGAUCCUGGACCCUUGGGUGUACAUCCUGCUGCGCCAGGCCAUGCUGCGCCAACUGCUUCGCCUCCUACCCAUGAGGGCCGGUGCCAAGGGUGGCCCAACGGAGCUGGGCUUAACCAAGAGUGCUUGGGAGGCCAGUUCACUGGGUAGUUCCCGGCACAGUGCCUUUAGCCAUCUCUGAAUGUGCCCAGAAGCUAAGCCAGACCUCUCUGGGCAGGGCUCAAGGGCAUACAGUUUCAAAUACAGUGUGCCCAGGGCGAUGUGUCCUGGAGGGCAGCAACACUGUGACAGCACGGGGACCAAAGAGGCUCCACCCUGGGACGAGUGCAAUUCUAAUGCUGGCCACGAGAUGGCGCAGAUACACAGGAUGCUCUAAAUAUCAGAGAUGGGCUCCCCAGGCCAACAGCUCCAAGAGCAUGCACACAGCACUGCAACCUUAGCUUGGGGCUCCCUGCAAGCAGAGUGAGGUCCUGGAUUCACUUUCCCGUCUCUGCCGCCACCACAACAGACUCUUGCAACCAUUCUGCUCAUUUUGCUCCCUAGCUAGCCCAAGAAUCUCAACACCCUGUACCUGUAACAGCCCUAAAAAUCCAACGCUCCCCAACACAGCCUUGAGCCCAGUCCUCGCUCCCCACUACUGCAAGUUCCCAUGUUAACCUUUCAAAUAAGCCCCAUCACAGUCCUGCCCCAAUAAGUCUGCCUGCCUCUGUCACCUACCCCAAGCACACCCCACCCCAGAUUGCACACAGAGGCUGAAAAUGCACGUUAGGGGUAAACCCCAAAGGCUUUUUUAAAAACCAAGAACUCUUGGGCAAGGCAGGGGCUUGGGGCUAGUAGCCUCCCGCCACAAAAUCGAAAUCCCGGAAAGCAGCCUGCUCUGCAGCUGUGAGGGGGCGCGCAUCCCGGGGUGGGCUCAGUGUGGGAGCCUCCCCAGUGAACUCCUCAUCAAAGUUGCUGACAUCUGUGCGCCCCGAAAGCGUAGGCACAAAGGGUGGAGGCAGUCGGCGGGCCAGCAGGUCUUCCCAGCCCAGAGUCUGUGGAGAAGGGGACAGAAAGUCAUGAUGGAGGCUGAGGGUCGGAAGGGAAACCUGGAGAUCAGCAAAGUACACAGGAUACGGAGGGACUGGGAGCUCAGACAAGUUAAGGUAGUCUGGGGUGGUCCAGGAAGCCCUGCAGACUGACAUGGCCUAGAGAAGCGGUUGGAGGAAUGAGUAAGGCUGGGGGUGGGCGCAACAAAACUCUUGAGAUGAAGCAACUAGAUUUGGGGUAGGAAUGAACUGGGACAAACACUCAGGUCCUUGGGGUGACUGACAGGUUCAGAGGGGGUCUGCUUACCCUGAAGAAAGGUUGUUUUUUCACAUCUUCUGCAUCCCGCUCAGUGGAUCCCAACCUCCGCUCUGGGUUUCUUCGCAGUAGCUGUGAGAGGGUACAGUGUCAAAAUGUAUCUGGUUCUAGUCCCCAGGCCCCUGCCCUACCUACCUUGCACGAGGUGAUAGAGUGGUCAGAGGCAUGCUUACCCUUCUCAUGAUGCCAAUGGCCUCUGCUGACAGGAAGCGGGGAUAGCGAACCUCAUCGUUGACGAUGCUGUCAAAUACCUCCUCCUCGUCGUCCCCAGGGAAUGGAGACUGGGGACAGAAAGGGCCAGGCCGAGUAAGAUUCCACUUUUUAGCCAAUCCACCCAUCCAGCACUACCAAAGGGCCCCCGCCUCAGGGAGCACCCAUGCAGCAGUGCUGGUUUUCAGGGUAAGUGUCCCGCUUACAGUUACAGAAACUGAGGCCUGAGAGGCAAAACUCCAGAUCAUACAGCACGUGGUAGGAGCACAUUCCCAUCCCAUCCCGGGGGCUCAUGCAUGUCCUCAGAAACAACAGUAGCCUGCAUCUCACCUCUCCAACCAGCAUCUCAUAGAGCAACACGCCCAGUCCCCACCAGUCCACUGCACGUGUGUAGGAUGUGUCUGUCAGCACUUCCGGCGCCAGGAACUCUGGAGUUCCACAGAAUGUGCUAGUCCGGUCCCCAUAACCCAUCCCUGGGUGGGUGGAGAACAAGCCCACAUGAGCCUACAGUGGCUAGGGGAGUAGAGCAUGAGAUACUCCCAAUAGCCAGCCCUACCCCGAAUCAGUAUGGAGUGACCCAGGUGGGGCUCAGGCCGGCGAACUACCCUGAAGCUGUUAAGGUGAGCAGGUAGCUGCAAGCAAAGCCCACAGAGAAGAAAAUGUCAUCUGACCACCUAGGUACAGCUGCGCCAGAAGUAGCCCACCCCCUAUUCCUCUCAUCCCAGGCAGCCCCUCACCCUCCUUGCAGAGGCCAAAGUCUGCGAUCUUGACGUAGCCCUCAGUAUCCAGGAGCAAAUUGUCCAACUUCAGGUCCCUGGGGAAUGGGGGUGUCAGGGGAUGUAAAGAGGGAUGGUUGGGGUAGGGAUUGGGGCUUUGCACAGAGCUUGAACAUGUCAGACUAUGGGCAGAAAGUGGUCUCGUGUACACACCUGUAGACAAUCUUGUGUUCAUGGAGGAACUGCAGGCCCAGUACCACACAGGCUGAAUAGAAGCUGCAGAGACGCAUAAGAUCACACAAACCUGGCUCCACAGGCACCGAAGUCCCUGACCCCUGGGGUCCCAAAGCUAUGCAGGAGGCAGGCCUCAGGGUGGAGGGGCAGGGCCUCGGGUGGGCAGGAAGAGGCAUUGGGGGGGGAACUCACACAGCCCGCGGCUCUGAGAACACAUCACUAUGGAUGUGCAGCAUUAGGUCCCCACCCGCGGAGUACUCCAUCACAAAGCACACGUGCUCUGGGGUCUGGAAACAGCCGAAAAGGUUCACCAGGAAGGGAUGUCCUGCCCUGGUCACAGCCGCCAAAAUCCGCUUCUCACACAUCAGGCUGGGCAGGAGGCAGAAGUCAGAGAGCCCAGCUGCCCCGUGCCCUACACCCAUGCCCUCUAAGGCUCACUCACAGAUAUCUGCUGAGUUGCAUUGCUGUGCAACUUUGGGCAACUGAAUUAAUUUCUCUUGUUUUGGGUAGCCUUGGUUGCUAAAUACCCAGACUCAACCCAGUGUCUUUUGGGAAAUGGGGAGGGCACAAGGCUGAGGAUCACAGCAGUCCAAGUCUGUGCUGGGGAACUGGCAGGCCUAUUAAACAGGGCACAUGAGGACGGAUGCGGGAGGAGAGAUGGGACCUGAUCUCUGGUGUGGAGAGGCUUCCCUGUCUAUGAAGACUGCAAGCACAUCCCACAGAGGAACACAACCAGCAGCACCCAAGCACCUGGACACAGUGGCACCUUAAGGCAGACACAACUGGGCUUCUCUGGCUCAGAUCAAUAAAUAAGCUCUUACUUAUUCAAGCUCUUGUUACUUAUUAAA